GGCGCCCUCUAGCGACGCCACCGCGCCAGUGACAGCCGCGACAUUGUCAUAACCAAGAAAUUAAUAAAACAUUACAGAAAAAACGCGAAUUUAAUGAAAAUUGUGUGUUUUCGGCGACGAUUAGGCCACGACGAGCGACUUUAUCUCGACAUUUGGGGCGUUAACCUCAGGUAGCCCCCCUGCAAUGGCCCCCCAAUGGCAAUAAACCCCCCCACACCAUCACCCCGCCCCAGGUGAUCGCAAUAAUGUAGCCAAAAUGUCGCAACAACACGACGACCGCAAAAAAUUCUAUUGCCGCAAAUGGGCCUUCCAAAAGCUAUCACAUUGCCUCGACCAACGUCCCGUCUCCAAAACAUGUGGCGCCCUUCUCCUCGGCGGCUCCGGUUGCGGCAAAACGACCUUUUGCUCCGAACUGUGUUGGCCAUCGCAGGGCCCCAGCGGCCGCCAACAACGCGCCCUCAACCGCCGCCUCCUCUGCUACCACUUCCUCCAAGGCCACAACGAGAAAAGCCUCUCCUUGAGCGAAUUCGUCCGCUCCUUAGUCACCCAAAUCCUGAACCAUUCGACCGAAAGCCACAAAGAGCGCAGCAUGCGCCGGAAAUUGACCCAAGAAAAGACUGACUCUGAACACGUGAGUGAACUGUACAGUGAGACAGUGUCACCAACUUUGGAGAAAAAAAAUGAGGUGGUGCUACCGGUGAAUCCCCGCACGUUGAUUGCUGAUGCGUAUUUGGAUAAGUUGAAGUCCGACCCUGAGAUACAAAUCGCCCUAAGGGCCAAAAAUAUAGAAUUGAACCCUGAUGAUUGUCUCAAGAGGGCGUUGCUGUUCCCCCUCCUGGAGAUCGACCCGCCCAAAACCUCGCUCUUUAUUCUGAUUGAUUCGAUCGACGAGCACUCGUUCGUCUACUCCAAUUCGACGCUGACGCGUUCGAAGCCACGUGAGCGCAGCUCCCAAUCAAAAACGAUCGCCGAGUUGCUGGCCAAUCACCACCACCUGUUCCCCCAGUGGCUCCUCCUCGUGUGCACCGCCCGCAAGCAAUCGAAAAGCAUAGCGAAAAUGUUCACCGGCUUCCGUAAACUGAGUCUGGACGAUUUGCGCAAAUCGCAAGUUGUGCGCGACGUCCAACAGUACAUUCUGGCAAGACUGGACCAGGAGAACAGUCUGCGUCAACAUAUAAGUCGCGACACGGCCGAAAUGCUCAACCAAUUGCACAUCAAAAGCAACGGCUGCUUUCUCUACUUGGAGAAGGUUCUGGACGGCGUUUCGGACAAUUUCAUCGUUCUGCGGGAAGUUCGCGAGAUUCCCGGCACGCUAAACGGGCUCUAUUUGUGGCUGUGUCAGAGACUCUUCAACCGGAGACAGUUCGCCAAAGUCCAGCAGUUGCUGAAUGUGAUCCUUGCGGCGAAGUGUGCGCUCAACGAGGCGCUGCUGUUCGACAUCAUCAAAGUGUACAACCCGAAAAUGACACAGGAUGACUUCAAGAAGCGGUUUAAUCUCUUAAGGCGGAUUAUCGUGGUGUCGAAGUCGGGCGCGAUUCGCUUGUUUCACCAUUCGUUCACCGAGUGGUUGCUGGAUAUUAAACACUGCACUCAGAAGUACUUGUGUAAUAUUUUUCACGGGCAUUGCAUCCUUGCCAUGUACUACACGCUGCACGCCAAGUAUUUGAACAAUCAGGAGAUCUACGAUUAUGCGUUUCAUUUGACGCGGAUGGAGCAGUAUUUGAACGAAAAACCGACACAGAAAUGCCCAACGUUGAUGUAUAAGUUGUCGCAAGAGAAGCACCAAGGGGAGAACUCGCUGGAGAAGACGUCCACGGAGAUUUACGCCGAUUUGAAGGCCUUGCAGGAGCUGACCAAGUUUGAGGAGAAGGAAGUGACAGGGGCUCUUGAGACCAGCUUUAUCGAAACGGAGAACAGCCUCGACGAAAUCACCGAUAAAUUCGACAACGUCAACCUCAAGAGCCCCACCGUGGACAAGAACCCCAUCUAUGCGGAAGUGAACAAAAUCAAAAAAACCGAAAUGGUAAAAACCGACGACCCAUCAACCGUCAGCAGCACCCUCGAGCCCAACAAAACCAUCCUUGACGUGCACACUUUGACCGUACUUUGGCUCAUUUUGAGCGGUUGUAACGUCGAAGAGUGCCUUCUGGAGGGCAACGAAAUGGCCGGAGUCAACUUUGGGGCCUUCCUACCAACCGACCCCAAAGUCCUGAAAUUGCUGCUAGAGGCAGGCGCUGUUGAGCAGCCAGACGUUGAAGGAUGCGAAUAUGAAAGUCAACAGAUGUCUUUGGCGUCGACGUCGAGUGAACAAAGUCCAGAACCGCUGUUUGAUCUGCACGAUCUGCACGGACAAGCUGCCCUGCAUGUGGCAGCCAGGCUGGGGCAGGCGCAGGUCGUUAAGGUGUUGUUGGAGGCGGGCGCCAACGCCGACCAGGCCGACGUGGACGGCUGGACCCCUCUGCGCGCCGCCGCCUGGGGCGGCCACACCGAAGUGGUCGAACUCCUGGUGGAGCACGGCUGCGCCUUGGACAGCGUCGACGCCGAAAAUCGCACCGCUUUACGUGCGGCUGCCUGGUCCGGCCACGAGGAAAUCGUCAAGAUCCUCCUCCAACACGGCGCCAACGUCAACCUAACCGACCACGAGGGCCGGACGGCCCUCAUCGCCGCCGCCUACAUGGGCCACAGCGAAAUCGUCGAACACCUCCUUGACUACGGCGCCGACGUCAAUCACGCCGACGCCGACGGCCGAACGGCCCUGUCCGUAGCCGCGUUAUGCGCCCCUCGGACGCCGGGCGUCAACGUCGUCUCGACGCUUCUAGAGCGCGGCGCCACCGUCGACCACCGCGACAAAGAGGGCAUGACGCCCCUAUUGGUCGCCUCGUUCGAAGGCCACAAAGACGUGUGCGAGCUGCUAUUGGAGAACGAAGCCGACGUGGAUCAUUGCGACCACAGUGGGCGGAGUCCCUUAUGGGCGGCGGCGAGUAUGGGCCACGCCCCCGUGGUGGCGCUUUUGUUGUUUUGGGGGUGUUGUAUCGAUUCGAUGGAUGGGGAAGGUCGGACGGUUUUGUCAGUGGCGGCGGCACAAGGGUGUGUCGAAGUUGUGAGACAGUUGUUGGAUCGGGGGUUGGAUGAACAACAUCGGGAUAAUUCCGGGUGGACGCCACUGCAUUAUGCGGCGUUUGAAGGGCAUCAGGAUGUUUGUGAGGCGUUGCUGGAGGCGGGGGCACGGAUUGAUGAGACUGAUAAUGAGGGCAAAGCACCGCUUGCCUUAGCGGCACAAGGGGGGCACGCAGCUUUAGUUAGUAUGUUUUUAGAUAAGUAUAACGCGCCGAUUGAUCAGAGGCCACAUGAUGGCAAAACUGCCUUAAGGUUGGCAGCACUGGAGGGUCAUUAUGAAGUUGUACAGUUGUUGACGACUCACGGGGCUGAUAUUGACUCUAAAGAUGCGGACGGUAGGAGCACUUUAUAUGUUUUAGCACUGGAUAAUCGGUUAGCCAUGUCCAAAUAUUUUAUUCAACAAAGGGCUGAUGUUGAGACACGUGACUUGGAGGGUCGGACGCCCCUUCACGUCUCCUCCUGGCAAGGCCACACUGAAAUGGUCUCCCUGCUCCUCACCUAUGGCAAGUGUCAAGUGGACGCUUGCGACCUUGAAAAUCGCACGGCCUUGCAUUCGGCCAGUUGGCAAGGUCACAGCGACAUUGUUAAGCUACUCCUUGAACAUGGAGCCUUACCAGACCACACAUGCAAUCAAGGAGCCACAGCUUUGGGCAUCGCCGCCCAAGAAGGCCAUGAAUUGUGUGUGGUGGCGCUACUGGAGCACGGCGCCGACCCAAACCACUCUGAUGCUUGCGGACGCAACGCCUUAAGAGUGGCCGCGAAAUCAGGCCACCGUGGUGUGGUGAGACUCUUGGAGGAGUACAACGCCAGGUCACACAAAAUGGCACAUACGAGCAGUAGUGCCAACUCAAUAACAUCAGCUUCGACAGCUGAGACUAAACCAUCGUGUGCUGUGCUAUAUCCCGGAAACCAGGACUGGUGUGACCAGCAGAGACGCUCAAUGGUGUCGCUGGGGAAUCACAGUUCAAAUUCGAAAUCGAGCUCGAACUUGACUGGGUCCAGUCACUCGAGUCGGCAUGGCGACCGCCAGAGGGACAACUCGCAAAACUCACAACCUAUGUCUUUCACCCAACAGUUGCAACAAUGCACAAGGGGUGGCAAAACGAGACCGUUGAGUAAAUUACUAUCGCCGCUGCAAAGCGAGCCACAGAGUCCCAUCUACGCGUCGCCGCCGCUCAGUCCCGUUCACGACACGCCUAACAUGUUCGAAUUUACAGGCGCUAUGAACAUCUACCAGCCGGUGCUGCGGCAUAACAACUUCGCCAAGGCGCCCGACACGCAUUUCGCGCGCGACACCCACAUGCGCAUCAUUCUGGGUAACUCGAGCGGUAUCGGCGUGGGAAACAAGAAGGGUGACCAGCAGAACAAUGAGUCGAAUUCGAAAUCUAGCAGUCAGAAGCCGAAACGUAACGGUAUUGUGACGAAUCCAGCGCUGCGAUUGGUGGCGAAUGUGAAGAAUGGGCUGGACACGGCCGCCGCCAACUUGAGGAAAUCAACGUCCGGCGCGAAUCCGAGUACAAAAACGAACAGUUUUCAUUGGAGGAAAGAAACGCCAUUGUAAAAUUAAUUGUUAAGUCACUGCGUGAAUUACUAGUCAAUACUAUACGGUGGGGAUUUUUUCGUUUGAAUGUUGCCCUGACAGGUUUUUAAAACGCUAACAACACUCACCUAGUCUUACCUAUAUCAAAGAUUUAAUUUUUUAUUAGAUUAUCGAAUGGUUAAUCUAGUAGCGACAUAACUCAGAUUCUAGGCCUAAGUUUGUUCAACGAUGAGUUUACUGAAAUCAGUUGUGAUAGAGACGUAGUUUAGUAAACAGGUAACAAUAAUUCAAGGCUUCAGUUCAGUUCUCUCUCGUAAGAUCUCAUUUUGCAAAAUAUAUUUUUGUAUGUUUGGAGUUAUUUUCGGGUAUUGUGUGUGUUUCUCUUCAAGCAAUUCGCUGUUUCAUUCAAUACGUAUCAAUUAAUGUAUGCCUUUUUUGUAUUUACAAUAAAACAGCUUUAGUUUUAUACUAUUAAAGUUGUGCACUGUAUAUGUUCAGAACAGUAUUAAACUUGAAAUAUUUAAAUAAAUACAUGUAAAAGUGUACAA